AUGAUUGAUUCUUUUCCUGUGUUACGUAUGAUACUCAAUCAAAGCAAUGAAAGAUUAGAAGAAGGAUGCAUAGAGUGCUUAGAUAUUGGUUGUGGCAGUGGACUACAUUCGGCUAUAUUGGGUCUGUACUUGGCCCUCUUCCUUACUUUACAAUUUCAUACACUUUCUAUUUCAGCCAAUGAAUAUCCUAAGUCAUGCUUCACUGGAAUCGAUUACUCAGCGGACGCAAUUGACUUAGCAAAACAGCAAAAGUAUAUCAACGGUCUUAUAUACAGCAAACUCGUACAGAUUCUUUUUCUCCCUUUCAGAAAACCUGAUGGUGAGAGCUACGAUAAUUUGAUAUUCAUUCAAAUGAACGCAACAGAAUUAGACGCUGAAUGGACGGAUAAAUUCGAUUUGGUUAUAAUCUUUGAUGCUUGCCACGAUCAGACAAGACCCGAUCUUGAAAGGUUAGAAGAAGGAUGCAUAGAGUGCUUAGAUAUCGGUUGUGGCAGUGGACUACAUUCGGCUAUAUUGGCCAAUGAAUAUCCUAAGUCAUGCUUCACUGGAAUCGAUUACUCAGCGGACGCAAUUGACUUAGCAAAACAGCAAAAGUAUAUCAACGGUCUUAUAUACAGCAAACUCGUACAGAUUCUUUUUCCCCCUUUCAGAAAACCUGAUGGUGAGAGCUACGAUAAUUUGACAUUCAUUCAAAUGAACGCAACAGAAUUGGACGCUGAAUGGACGGCUAAAUUCGACUUGGUUAUAAUCUUUGAUGCUUGCCACGAUCAGACAAGACCCGAUCUUUGCCUCAAGGAAGUACAUCGCGUGCUCAAACCGGGAGGGGUGUUUGGAAUGGUUGAAGUGGAAGGAACGUCGAACAUCUUUGAGGACAAGAAGGCAUUUGGGCAAAUGGCCGCAUUGAAUUAUGCUAUAUCUGUUUUUAACUGCUUAGCAGUUGGCAGCAACUCGGAAGAUGCAUUGAGCCUCGGUUCAAUGUGGGGCAGAAAACGAGCAGUGAAGCUGCUCAACGAAGCUGGCUUUGAGAAUGUCACCAUUAUUCCCACACCUUACUUCGAGACCAACGUUCUCUACCUUUGCAAGAAAGACUGA